AUGGCAUAUAUUGUUGAGAAGCUUCAAGCAAUACCAGCGAUAUUCACGGUGCGAAUAGCGCAGCUGCUUUGCAACCUGAUAAUUCUCGGACUGACAGCGUGGCUCGUCGCGAACUAUUACUAUCCAAUUUUUGGCUUCAUUCUCUUCUUGACCGUCGCAACUUUUCUGGGCCUGCUCUACCAAUGCAUAACACCCCAGAUCCUUCCCCGGUUACACAAUCCUAUUGCCGUGCUGGUGAUUGAAUGUCUCUCAAUUCUACUCUGGUUUUGCGGGUUUAUUGCCGUCACUGUCGAAUACUUUGACUACGUCCGCUGCGAAGAGUCGAAUUCGGACUCGUCGGAUUCGUCGUCGUCGUCCUCAUCUUCAUCAAAGCUUCUCUCCCGCGACAGCACAAAACAUCACACAGCCUCCUGCAGUUCAAUAAAUUCCCACACCAAAGCCGUGAUCUGGUUCUCCCUCUUCCAGCUUCUUCUUCUCUUUAUCACGACCGUCAGCGUGGUCCGCUUGUUUAUAAGCUACCGCCGCGAAGGCGUCGAGACUCAAGCUUCAGGGGGCCGCUCGGUUCCCGGCGCAAGCUUCUUCUCCCUCGACGCGAUCAAGACAAAGCUGUUUGGCCGUCGCCGGAUGCAGAGGUCUGGAGCGACAAUGCUAGCUGAAGAGGAAGACGACGCGUUCAACGCAAGCGACUACGACUCUCGCGUCGACGGAGGAGCGGGGUCGUAUAGCGUCUACAACACCGGCGGACGAAUAAACAACCCGUACUCUGCACCAACUGCGAACCCGUUCGAACCCAGCGGCGGAGCUCAGCAGUACGAAAUGAGUGAUUACAGGAGCUCGAGUGCGAAUCCUUACGACGAUGAUUCGGAUUACGAGCACGUCGCACAUCCUCCCCCGCCAUCAUACGCGACAGACCUACGGUAA